AAUCACCAACAAAUAAUUUAGCAAAAUAAAGCGUCUAUCAGUCUCCGUAUUCGAAAUUUGUGUAUUGUACUAUAAAUACAAAUAACUGUGGCUUAAAUUGUGUCUCUCUUUCAGAAAUAAACUAGAAUGUCUAUCUUCGAUAAUGCUAAUUCAGAAGGUCCCGGCUUUGUAGGCAUACGCUUUUGUCAAGAGUGCAAUAAUAUGUUGUAUCCAAAAGAAGACAAAGACAACAAGGUUCUUUUAUAUGCUUGCCGAAAUUGUGACUACAAACAGGAAGCCGAUUCGAAUUGCAUUUAUGUGAACAAGAUUAUGCACGAAAUUGAUGAACUCACACACAUAGUGCCGGACGUAAUUUCUGACCCAACUUUGCCCCGUACCGAAGAUCAUGCUUGUCCGAAAUGUUCACACAGAGAAGCAGUUUUCUUCCAAGCGCAAACACGUCGCGCUGAAGAGGAAAUGAGAUUGUAUUAUGUGUGUACAAAUCAAAAUUGUACGCAUAGAUGGACGGAAUAAGUUAUUUUUUAUUGCAUUUUCUAUAAAUUACAAAAACCUGAUACAAUUUUAAAGAAGACUUGUUGAAAUAUUUGAAAUUCUAAUGAUGCAUAACUUAUCAAUUGAAUUUAAUAAGAUCUUAUUUGUAAACAU